AUGAGUAAUCAGCCGGAGGACGAGGAUACUCAUCCUGUAAGUGAACAAGAAAUGGAUACUUUAAGAAGUUCAACUACAACACCAUCAAUUCAUCAAGAUAAAAAACCAAAAAUUAAUAACAAUAAUAAUAAGACUAGUGUUGGAAAUUCACAACCAAAAAAAGUUCCAUUACAUUUAUUAGAAAAGAGAAGAUUAGGUCGUAUUAAAGCAGCUGAAGAAUUUGCUAAAAAAUUAAAACAAGCAGGCAUUGAAAAAUUUGAUAAUGAAAAUAUUGCAACAACAGGUAGAUAUCAAGCAAUUCAAUUAAUCAAUCAAAAAAAUUAUUCUUCAGAUUAUUUAAAGAAAGAUGAUCAAACUUUUGCAUUAAGAGAAAGAAAACAUUUAAGAAAUAAAAUUACAAGUAAUAAUAAUAAUGAAGAUAAUAACAAUAAUCAAUGGACUGAACAAGAUUUUGAAGAUUUAGCUGCAACAACUUUUAAUAAUAAAUGUAUUAAAUAUAAUCAUGAAAAAAUUGAUUUAAAUGAUCCUUCAAAUACAAUUGUAAUUCAAUUAGGUCAUACUUCGAUGAAAAUUGGUUUUGCAUUAGAUGAAACACCAAUUGUUAUACCAAAUUGUAUUGCUAUCCCAAACACUUCUUCUUCUGAAGAAGAAGAACAAAACAGUAAAUGGUUUGAAACAAAUUCAUCAGAGUUUAUGAAUUUAAAGUCUUUAUUAUAUCAAAGUUUUAAAGAAAGAAUGAGAUAUUAUAAACGUAGAAUUCAACCAAAUAGUCAUGAACAAGUUAAAUCAUUUAAUACCCAAGUGACUCCGGAAGUAGUGUCUUUACAAAAGGAUCCUGCCCAUAUUCCAUGGAUUACGGAUACCAAAGAAAAUAAUGAUUAUCUUUAUGGUGAUGAGGCUAUAUUAGCAUCUGAACCUUGGUUUAAUCAUAGAAAACCGUUUACAAGUGGUGGUGCGUUCAAUAUUCAAUCAGGAGAUUAUAGUUCAUUACAAGAAUUAUUAGGUGAUGUAACUAAUUUAUUAAAUUACGCUUUAACAAAAUUAUUCAAAAGAUAUAGAGAAGAUCAAAAAAAGAAACAACAAGAACAAGAACAAGAACAACCAGAGGACGACAAUACUACAAUAAAGGAUAUGGAUUUUGAAUCGUCAAGAUUUAAAGCUAUCUUAGUUAUACCAGAUUUAUUCCAAAAGAGUCACAUUGAAGCAAUGAUUAGACUAUUGAUUACAGAAUUACCUUUCCAAGCAGUUGCAAUAAUACAAGAAUCUUUAGCCAAUUGUUAUGGUGCUGGUUUAGGUACUUCAACCUGUGUUGUAAAUAUUGGUGCCAGUUCCACAAAUGUCGCUUGUGUUGAUGAAGGUUCUGUUGUUGAAAAUAGUAUAAUUAAAUUAAAUUAUGGUGGUGAUGAUAUUACAAAACUAUUUUCUGUAUUAUUGAAACAAAAUAAUUUCCCUUAUCAUAAUUGGGAUCCAUCAUCUUUACCUGGAUGGCAUCUUGCAGAAACAUUAAAGAAAAAUUUAGUGACUUUCCAAGACGAUGGUGUAGCAGUACAAUUAACAAACUUCUUAAAGAGAAUGCCAAAUGAACCAAUAGAAAAAUAUGAAUUUAAAAUUUUUGAUGAAGUAAUGUUAGCUCCAUUAGCCUUAUUUUAUCCAGAAAUUUUCAAAUUACUAAAAGAACAAAAUAAAGACUCUAAAAAAUUUCAAAAAAUUAUUAAAAAUUUAAAAUUACAAUUACCUGAUUCUCAAGAUUUUUUCACGGAUGAUUCAAAUGAUCUAAAAUCAAUAUCACAAGAGGAAACAUUACAUGAUUCUAAUUUGAAAGACGAUGAAACACCAGAUUCAUAUACUGAUAUUCAUGACGAAAAUUUACUCUUAAGAAAAUUAUUGGAUGUCAAUGAUAAACUAGAUGAAAUAUCCACGACUGCAAUUGAUGAUUCUAUGUUAAAUAUGAUACCAUUAGAUAAAGCAAUCAUACAAAGUAUUACUAAUGCAAGUUUAACAAUGGAUCCUUCUAGGAUGCACACGUAUUAUUCGAAUAUAUUAGUUGUGGGUGGUACAUCAAAUAUUGAAGCAUUUGAUUUUAUGUUAACAGAUCGUAUUAAUAUAUGGAGACCUCGUUUAUUAAGUUUAAGUACCUUUCCAGCUUUCUAUGAAGGACUUGUUAAAAAGAUUAAAGAACAAGAGAAAAAGUUUAAUUCAGAAAAGUCAAAACCUCCAUCAAAUAUUACAACGGAAAAUGAUAAUGAUAACGAAAAUACAGACGAUAAUAAAGAUUCCAAUAAUGAUAAUGGAGUUAUAGAAAAUAAUUCUGAAAAUGGAGAGGAUACAAAAUCUAGCCUGAAAUCGGAUAUUGACAAUUUAAUUAAUACUGAACUACAAAAAUUUGUAGGGACACUUGAUAAAUCAGCAAAUAAUAAUGAUCAUUACUCACCAGUAACGGUCAUCCCACCACCAAGAGAAAUGGAUCCUGCUUCCUUAUGUUGGAAAGGUGGCUCUGUGUUAGCUCAGGUAAAAUUGAUAGAAGAACUAUAUAUUACCUAUGGUGAUUGGGAUAUGCACGGUAGUAGAAUAUUACAAUACAAAUGUAUCUUCCCAUAUUGA